UAUACCAGUGAGGAAGAUUUGCUCGAUCUAGAGGCUUUCAAUUUGAUUUUCCGACAGGAGAAAAAUAUCUGGGCAACAAGUACUAGUAUCAUACUUCUGUGCUACUUGGAGUUUUCAUUAUUAGUCACACACACACGCACACACGGACGCACGCUCGCUCGCACGCACAAAAGCAGACGCGGAAAUAAACCUGAAAUAUUCUUUCACGAACACAAACUUUUUUCCUGAUAAUGUGACGAUCUUUUAGUGUCAACAUGUUAUUCCAUGUCAAAAAGACACGUUAGAACUAUUUUUGAAAAAUCGUUUAGGGUAAACGUUUGAAUACACGUUUGAAUAAUCGGACAAAAGUGUUUAAACACCCCUCAUUUACUUACAGUUGCCAUAUAUUUUAUCUGUAAAGGAUUCAGUCAGUUUGAGAAGGUAACGGUAUGAAGAUGUUGAUGAAAAUAGUUGUGUCCGUGGCUUUGUGUGUGUUUGUGAGCGCGAGUGAACCGGAAUGUUCAAGAUUUCACUAUGAAGAGAAAACACUUGAAAAGAUGAUUAAAACUGAAAUAUAUGUGGACAAAAUAAAAUCGGAGACGGAAAACAUGCAGCAAAAAAUGUCGGAAAAACUUGAUGGAAUCCAAGAAAACUGGGAGAAAACGAAGAAUGAAUUAAACGAUGCGAAAGCAGACAGUAGGAAAGCUGUGGAAGAAAUUAAAGAAAGUAUUUCAACCAUUCAAGCAGUAGGCUUCAUGGCACAGGAUAUAAAGAAAACUGCGAUAAGCAAUGAAGAGACACUUGUAUUUAGCACAACACACUUUGACGUCGGUUCCAAUUACAACAACGAAUCUGGAAUCUUCGUAGCACCUGUGGCCGGAAUCUACAUGUUUACCUUGCAUCUGUGUCUUACAGUAAACAAAUACAUUCACUUUGAAAUUGACACAACAAAGGGUCCUACUCUAACAGGCCGCUUCAUCAACGACUCGAGUAGCUAUUACGGCUGCCAAACAGCUACAGCUGUUGCAGAACUGGGUAUAAAGGAGCAUGUGUGGAUAAAGAGUGGAACGUCCUUCUCUACUGGGACUUUGUGGAAGUCCGCAAGUAUAAGGAAUAGCUUUUCUGGUGCUCUGAUUAGUGCAGUUACAAAAUAGACAAAAUAUUCAGUUGUUUUAUGCACGUUUUAAAAACCACUGCUGUAAGUUUUCAUAAUUAUCCAGUAGUCAAAUUUCUUGCGGCUGUUCAUAGAGAAACAGAACUGUCAACAUGAUACAGAAAUUAUGCAUCGUUUACAACAGAGAAGUAAUACUAGUAUAUUCAUUUGCUCUGUCGCAUCGUCAUUUUCUCUUGCUUUACUUAUUUUUGUCUUCAGAUGUUUAAACGUUUGUUACAAAAGCAUUGUUUGGGACAUCGUCAUUAUUCUAUUCAUGUGAUAAGACAGUACUUUUUUCAGAACGGACACACUUUCUAAAUAAUCUAUAAAUUGGACCAUAGUAAAGGUCCAUACGAAGUCAAGUGAAUGCAAAUGCCCAACUUUUGUAUGUUGAAAUCUAAAAGUUGAAAUUGCAUUUUUAAUGCACGGUUUGUGAAAAUUUUAAUGAUUGUCAACAGGCAACACGGAUUUACGGUAUAAGUAACACAUAUAUUGUACGGUAAAUUGUAUUGGAUAAGAGAAACGUUUAAUAUCCUCUAUAAGAAUAUACAGUAUAUAACAGCCAUAAUAAUUGUCAAUGACAAAAACCAUGUAAAAUAAAGAAUAUUUGAUUGUAAUUAUCAAAUCAUGAGUCCUAAAACCCACUGGAAGCGAGCUUGUCUGACAUCUAUUUUCUACCCUGUUUCGUCUUACUCUUACUGGUGCUGCCUUCUGCAAAGGCAUUGAGUAGAAGCAAAUUUAGGCUUGUUUUAGAUCUAUAUAGACUUACAAGGGCAUGUAUGUGUUUAACAUACCAGGUGUGUUGAGAAUUCACCUAGAGUGGGUUCUUUUAUGUUUCCACUGUCCUGCGACUUCGCAACAUGGUGGAUGUUAAGACUGAAACCAGUUUAUAAUCCCCAGUCGUUUGCGCGUCCAUGCGUACACUGCUGUGGGCUUCAGUUUGGGGAGGCUGUGUUUUUGGAGUGUGCCUUUCCUUCUCGGGUAUUUAUCCUUGUGCUUUAUUUUCAAUAUAUACUAAACAGCCGUGUAAUAAUUUAAUAAAGUUGCCAUUAUUAAAUGGAUCAACUGCAUGUUAUUGUGUUGUUUUUUGUUGUUGUUUUUUUUUUCAUUUCAAACUUUUUAAGAUAGUUAAGAAACAAAAACUCAUGUUCUAA